AUGGUACCAGACCAUGAAUACUGUGAAACAGGCAAACCGGAGCAACCAACACAGCAAUUUCUCGAGGCUGGGGACACGACAGUUCAACAAGCUCCUGUGGAGGAAGAGGAAGAAGAAACUCCUGAAAUAGACAUAAUGAUAAACAAUGUUGUGUGCAGUUUUAGUGUUAAGUGUCACCUGAACUUGAGAGAGAUUGCUUUGAAUGGUGUUAACGUGGAGUUUAGACGUGAAAAUGGUAUGGUGACAAUGAAACUCCGGCGCCCGUAUACUACGGCAUCGAUCUGGUCAUCAGGCCGCGUAACGUGCACCGGCGCUACCAGUGAGGAGCAGGCAAAGGUGGCUGCCCGGCGAUACGCACGCGCGUUACAAAAGCUAGGGUUCCAAGUGCGCUUCCGCAAUUUCCGCGUUGUCAAUGUUCUUGGAACCUGUCGAAUGCCAUUCGGUAUUCGAAUUAUAGCUUUCUCCAAAAAAUACAAAGAGGCUGACUACGAGCCCGAACUUCAUCCCGGUGUCACAUAUAAGCUGUACAAUCCAAAAGCUACACUUAAGAUAUUCUCUACCGGUGGCGUCACUAUAACAGCUCGAAGCGUGAACGACGUGCAGUCUGCGGUGGAGCGCAUUUUCCCUCUCGUGUACGAGUUCCGCAAGCCGCGCACGGCCGCCGACGAGGAGCUGCUGCGGCAGCGGCGUGCGGCGCGCCGGCCCGCGGGCGCCGCCGGCGAGGGGGUGGCGGCGGGCGCGGGGGUGGGGGCGGGGGUGGGUGCAGUGGGGGGGACGCGAGGCGAGCGCUCAGCGGCCGAGGCCGGCAUCGCGCCCGCGCCCGCCGAUGACCCCAUGCACCUCGUGACGCUGUCCGACGACGACGCCGACGCCUGGGAA